AUGGGCGCCGGGCAGAGGAGGGGUCACCUGCGAUGGGAAUUGAGCCGUUAUUGCAGCCCUCGAAGGAGGGUCUUGAGGGGAGAGGGCUGCGCGUGGGUUACUUCGAGACCCGGUGUGGUGGAAAUAGAUUACUCCCACCCCUUCCCCGUCACCUUAACGCAACUAUCUGCCUUACGUCAGCAGAAGAUCUUUACUGUCCGUCUUAGAGAUGGGAACAUCGAGGCCUGCAGAAGGGUCUCAACUAACAACCUACAAACUCCUUAUUUGACUCUGUCCCCCAGACAGAACCCUCAGCUAGGGUGUAGUUUCCCCGGGACAGGAGGGUCAAGCCUCAGGAGUGGAGUGGAAACUGACGCUCUGUCUGUUCCCCCAGUAUUCCCACUUUCCUGUGUGGUGCAGCAGUAUGCCUGGGGGAAGAUGGGUUCCAACAGUGAAGUGGCUCGGCUGAUGGCUAGCAGUGACCCACUGGCCCAGAUCUUAGAGGACAAACCAUAUGCAGAGCUGUGGAUGGGGACCCACCCCCGGGGAGAUGCCAAGAUCCUUGACAACAGCAUCUUGCAGAAGACCCUAGGCCAGUGGAUUGCUGAGAACCAGGACUGCUUGGGUUCGAAGGUCAAGGACACCUUUAAUGGCAAGCUGCCCUUUCUCUUCAAAGUGCUCUCAGUUGAAACGGCCCUGUCUAUCCAGGCACACCCUAACAAGGAGCUGGCAGAGAAGCUGCACCUCCAGGCUCCACAGCACUACCCCGAUGCCAACCAUAAGCCAGAGAUGGCCAUUGCCCUCACCCCCUUCCAGGGCUUAUGUGGCUUCCGGCCAGUUGAGGAGAUUGUGACCUUUCUGACAAAGGUGCCUGAGUUCCAGUUUCUAAUUGGAGAUAAUGCAGCAACACAGCUGAAGCAGAGCCUGAGCUGUGACUCCCAGGCUGUGGCCUCUGCUCUGCGGAGCUGUUUCUCCCACCUGAUGAAGAGCGAGAAGAAGAUAGUGGUGGAGCAGCUCAACCUGUUGGUGAAGCGGAUCUCCCAGCAAGUGGCUACUGGAAACAACAUGGAGGACAUCUAUGGGGAACUCUUGCUGCAGCUGCACCAGCAGUACCCAGGUGAUAUCGGAUGCUUUGCCAUCUACUUCCUGAACCUGCUUACCCUGAAGCCGGGUGAGGCCAUGUUUCUGGAGGCCAGUGUGCCCCAUGCCUACCUGAAAGGAGACUGUGUGGAGUGCAUGGCAUGUUCAGACAACACGGUGCGUGCUGGCCUGACACCCAAGUUCAUCGAUGUGCCUACUUUGUGUGAAAUGCUCAGCUAUAUCCCCAGCCCCAGCCAAGACAGGCUCUUUCCUCCAGCGUGGAGUCAGGAAGACCCCUACCUCUCUAUCUAUGAUCCCCCUGUGCCAGACUUCACCGUUAUGAAGAUGGAGGUGCCUGGCUCCGUCACUGAAUACAGGGUCUUGGCGCUGGACUCUGCCAGUAUCCUCCUGAUGGUGCAGGGGACAGUGACAGCCAGCACCCGCACAGCCCAGGCCACAAUCGCCCUGAAGCGUGGUGGGGUGCUCUUCAUUGGGGCCAAUGAGAGUGUCUCACUGAAGCUCACGCUGCCUAAGGACCUGCUGAUGUUCCGUGCCUGCUGCCUGCUGUAGAGGCCACAGCCUUCCUGGCUCUUCUCUGCCAAUCACCCUACAUCCUGGCCAGCCUCACCUCCUCAGGCCCAGCCCAAAUCCCUUCCCUGUUCCGGGCUCUUUGGGUACACCCUGAAAGAAGAGCUUGAAGUCAGUGACUCCUGAGCAGGCCUAGGCUGAACCGUUUUCUUCCUGGUAGGAGGGGCCCAUGUGAGAACUGAGGGCUGAUGCUCCCCUUGUAUUCUUGUCACCCUUGAGCCAGGCUCUCCUCUAUGCACAAAGCGGCAGCUCUGUUCCAGCCUAUAGCAUUAGGCAGGCUGGUGAAAUCUAUGAUUAGCUCAGCAUCAGUCACGGCAAGAUAGGUAAUUAAUUUGGAAGAACAGGGUUCUGGCUCUCGGACUGCCCAUUUCCUCAGUGCAGAGAAGGAGGGAAAAGGGUAGGCCUGUGGACUAAUGUUGCUCUGUCAAAGCAAUUAAAGAUCACCUGUGUUGAUGCCUGUGGGCUAAAGAGCA